GCUUUUCUUGCUUCAAGCAGAUCUCAGCAGCUGAUCGACGUUCACUUGUCUCAUAACUCCCAUAUAAUAUAAGCUCAUAAAUAGCAGCUCCUAGCAGAUCUUCCUGAUUUUUCGAGCAGGUAGCAAGUACAAAUGAACAGCCUAAAAGUUCUCCUCAGCAACUUUCCAUCAAAAGGUCUUCCGAAAGAAUUUUGCCAUUGGCUGGGGAGCUUUUUGGAAGGCAGGUCACUGCAUGUUGUGGUCGAUGGUGUGUCUGCCUGUAAAUGCCGGCGUUCCCCAAGGGUCAUUUCUGUCCCCAACACGGCUUCUCAUUUUUAUAAAAAAUGAUUUUUUUGUGACAAGAAACACCUUUAUACAGCUUUGCGGCUUGAUGGCAUCUUUCUCUUCAGGACAAACCGCUUACUGCAGCAGCCACUUCCACAUGCCUCGCCCGAGAACACUCUAUCAACAAUGGAUCUUGACCACAUUACCCAAGUAGGGCCGUAACCUUAACCUAGUCAAAUUCAAGCAACAGUAUUCUUAAAUCUGCCGCCGAUGAUAACCCAGUUUUAAGGAUGUCGGGACAUCGACCAACUUGUCUUAGUUGUCUUGGCAUGACAAAUGUAUCUUCGAUAACCAAAACCGUUUCUCAAAAAUUAGGAUUUCUGUUUCGUGCAAAAAGCUUCUUAACUUUUCAAAAACUUCUCCUUUAUAAUAAGGCUCAAAUCAGACCAUAUGUAUAUAGAAUACUGUUCCCACGUCUGGAGCGAUGCUCCCAAGCAUUCUAUGGCUCUAUUAGAUGCAAUACAAAGAAGAGCAGUAAAAAUGAUCGAUAAUCCAACUCAUGGAUUCAUUGCAAUCUCUCCUCGAACAUAGACGCAAGGUAUGGCCGACUUGUCGUUAUUGUUAUAAGGUUAUAUCGCUAUAUUAUCAUGAGAGAUGUUCUAACGAUCCGGCCAGCCUCAUUCCAGCUAGGAGGAAUUAAUGUCUUUGAGAACCACAAGAAAACGCUCACGGGCUUCCCAUAUCAAUAUUACCAAUCCCAUCCGUAUGUAGGCUUGUUUUUGGUGGCCUACUGCCUUUCUACCUCUGGAACUCCCACCGCUUGUCCGCUUUAGGUAGUAUCAAGUAGUACCUAUAUAGGCUUGUCUUUUGUGAGCGGACCAAUAUUGAAAAAAAAAACGUUUGGAAGGAAAACUUAUGGUUAAUUUUAAGGGUCGAGUGGUAAGUUAGAGGAUUUUUUCACGAAUUAGUAGCAAGAGGAUAAUUAGAGAGAGUAUCACUUGUCAAACGACGGAAACCAGGAUGUGUUUAUCAAAAAUUCCGUUGGCGGGAAAACGACAAGCGGAUUUUUUAGUCUAGGUCUGUUUCCUUCCAGAAGAUAAAGGUUCUGUUUUGAUGGGUCUGUUUGUUUAAACAUUUCCCAUCUUAUUUGUUUUAGGUAGGAACCUAAUUUCAGAGGUUAUUUCAGUCUCUCAAUCAUGAAAUAGAGUCAUAGAUCUCUAUUGACCUUUGACGUGUUAUUUUUUUUAUGAAUUUAUUUGAAAAUAUUUAGGUACUAAUUUUCGCUAAAGGAAUUUUCCAACGUGUUACCGUGAUAAACUUGAUAAAAAGCUCCCGGCUCCAUGCUUUUUGAAUCCCAAGACAAAAUAAAAAUAAACAGCAGUCAGCAGGUGCAUCUGCGUAGUAAAUGCGUAGCAUAUUAUUAUCUAAUUAGAAUUAGCAUAGAAAAAAAAAUUCCAUUUGCUCAUUGAUAACACUUGAUAAUAUGGGGCAUCCUGAAAACUAUUCCACUAAUAAAAUUAUUAGAAAAACAUCUAUAACUCAUUAAAUUUUAAAUUCUUAUGUUUAGUGUACUUAAAUACUAUUCAAAUUCCCAUUGGCGAAAAUUAUCCUCUUCUUAUCAUUGCCGUAUUCGACUUUGUGCCCCUUCCGUUUCCAUCCUUAUCUCGCUUAGAGCAGCUAAGCAUUCACAUAAAAACUUUUCAAAUUUUGUGUCAGUGUCAGUUCAAAGUUUAUUUUCGUCUCUUCAAGUUCACUCUCGAUUCGAGCGUACAUUUUCAUCCGAUAACCGUUCAAUUUUCAGUGCAAAAAUGGCUUGUACUAACCCUAAACAAAUCUGCAUCAUUGGAAGUGGAAACUGGGGCUCAGCUAUUGCCAAGAUUGUGGGGGGCAAUGCUGCCCGUUUGAAGCAUCUCGAUGACAGGGUCACUAUGUAUGUUUAUGAAGAAAUGAUCGAGGGCAAAAAGUUAACAGAAAUUAUAAAUGAAACACAUGAAAAUGUUAAAUAUUUACCAAAUCAUAAGCUGCCAACCAAUGUUGUAGCAAUUCCCGAAGUCGUAGACGCUGCAAAAGACGCGGACGUCCUCAUAUUCGUGGUACCUCAUCAAUUUAUCAGGACAUUAUGCUCCACUCUUUUAGGAAAAAUAAAACCAAACGCUAUUGCUUUAUCCUUGAUAAAGGGCUUUGAUCGUGCAGAAGGUGGUGGUAUCGACCUGAUCUCACACAUUAUCACUAGACACCUCAAAAUCCCAUGCUCUGUUUUGAUGGGUGCCAAUUUAGCCAAUGAAGUUGCAGAUGAAAUGUUCUGUGAAACUACUAUUGGUUGCAAAGAUGCUACUGCUGGACCACUUCUGAGAGAUAUUAUCCAGACCAACUAUUUUAGAGUGGUAGUCGUCGAUGAUGAGGAUACUGUUGAAGUUUGUGGUGCUUUGAAGAAUAUUGUGGCUUGUGGAGCUGGUUUCGUAGACGGUCUAGGUCUAGGAGACAACACAAAAGCCGCGGUUAUCCGGUUGGGACUCAUGGAAAUGGUAAAAUUCGUCGACGUAUUCUAUCCAGGCGGAAAACUGUCUACUUUCUUCGAAAGUUGCGGCGUUGCCGAUCUCAUCACCACUUGCUACGGCGGUAGAAACCGCAAAGUCAGCGAGGCGUUUGUUAAAACUGGCAAAUCAAUUAAACAACUGGAGGAUGAAAUGUUGAAUGGACAAAAGUUGCAGGGCCCUUACACUGCCGAUGAAGUUAAUUAUAUGUUGAAAAAUAAGAAUAUGGAAGAGAAGUUCCCAUUGUUCACUGCCAUCCACAAGAUCUGCACUGGCCAGCUGACCCCCAAAGAUUUUAUUGACUGCAUCAGAAACCAUCCUGAGCACAUGGAUUCUAAAAUUGAUCGCGCAAAUGCCGUAGAGGUUGAACUUCAUAAUAGCAAACUUUAGAUACAGAAAAACAACACUCAUAUUGUGUAGUGUCCGUUUGUGAUAGGCAUGCAUUUUUGUUUGUCAUUUUCCUCUUCUAGGUUAAGCUUUAAGAAUUUUUAUGCAAAUUUUUUAUUUGUCACUAAGUAAUAAGGUCUUGUUAAAAUUGUAGUUCUAUGGUAAAAAUUUGUAUAGAAAUUGGCAAAACUAAUAAUAAUUCCAUAAAGCAUUAUUACUAAUAAUAAGAAAUUACCACUCGCUCAUUUAUCACAGGCUAAAUGGCUUAUUAUUAUAUUGUUUUUAAGUAACAACAACAUGUAAACACGUUAAAGCAAAGGAAUUAAUAAUGGAAUGGGAUUAAAGAACAUGAGGGAUAAUAAAAACACAUUUACAAUAAAAAUUCAUUAUCACAUCAUGGAUUAAAAGCAUGAAAAUUUGCAUGCUAAGGAAAAAAUUGUAAAGAAUUCACACUUCUCCACUUCAAGGCCAUAAAAAAAGUACUUCUUUAUUUUCUUCUAGUAGCUUAGAGCUUGAGAUACUUCCAAGUCUUAAAUUAAUUUAUGAGUAAAUACCUAUAUCUUAUAAAUUAAUAGCAAUCUGGCAACUUAAGUGGAAGGGGUGAUUUCACAAUUGAAUAAAUUGAAGAAAGCUAACACAAAACAACUAUUUGGGUCAAUUUAGUACACAUUUAAUAAAAAAUCUUCCCCAAGUAUUUGCUUUAACAAGGAAGCUACUAGCAAUUCCCAAAAAAUACUAAAUAUAAAUUUUUUAUUUUACAGGAUAAAACAGUGUGCAGUUUAGUUUGUCCCUGCAAACUCUGCUACUUCUUGGCUUUAUUAACUUAACUCUACGUAGUUCAAAAUAAUAUGAGAAAUAUUAUAGAAAAAAAAAGAAACCCUCUUAGGUAAAACGAAGCAUUAAGUCCUUCAUGGAAGAUAAUGAAAACCUUUCAUCUGUAAUCAUUAUAAUAAUGAACAGUGACUAAAUAGUAUAAAAUAUUACGAGUGUAAAAAGCGACAAACACACGAGUGUAUGAAAGACGCUUUCUCACAAGUGAUGUCACCAUUUUUCCUAUGACCAGAUUACCAACCGAUUUACACCAAUUUUCUCUUAUCUCUUUUCAUUUUCCACACACAUGCUGAAGGUACUUUCAACCCACAUAUUGAAAGUUAAUUGUGAUGUGAAUCACAAAUUAUGUCAAUAGUAUUUUCCACACAUGUGCUGAAAGUACGUUUAGCACCCGUAUUGAAAGACUUUCUGCACGCAUGUGAUAUUUAGCGCUUUCCAAAGAACCAUCUAGUACGGAUUUUGUCACUUUCGUAUGUGGUCGUAGGAAAAUGAAAUGUUUGUAUCUUGUUGAGAGAAUUAUGUCUUUUGGGAUUUCAGGAAAAUGUGGUAGGUACCUAAUGGUAACAACUUAUGUGUUUUUUUCUCCGAUUUUAUAUGUUUAAGGUAAAGAAAAACUACUGCUGAAGCAAUAGGUAAAAUUAGUUUAACCAUUUUGCAAUAAUUUUUAAUUCAACUAAACAGAAAUGUCUAUUAUUGGUGAAAUUGUUUUCUUUUUAUUAGCAUGUACUGAAGAUAAUUUAUGAUAAGAUAUAUAUUUUUUUUUAUUUGGAAAUUCAUAAUAUUCACAUGUAUAAUUCAUAACUGUUACUGUAAAUAGAAUAUUUGAAGUUAAAAACUGU